AUGGCCCAAUUACCCUCUGAAAAAGUUAUUCUUGGAGCGCAAAUGUCGAAGGAGUUUCUUGGGGAAGAACUCUUGACCAAAUUAAGAGCAAAUACUAGCGACGAUAUUUUCACAAGAACUAGUCAGGAAUACAUUGCGGAAGUUUGCUUUUCAAGCUAUGCCCGCCCAGGCCUAAAAUUCCGCGAGAGGUCCUUGAUGAAUAUCGCCAUGCUUACUGCCCUAAAUCGAGGCCCCGAGCUGAGAAUUCAUGUUUCCGCGGCACUCCAUAAUGGCCUGAGUGAAGAAGAAAUUUGUGAGGCAUGCAGACAUGCUAUGAUUUAUUGUGGAGUUCCUGCGGGUCGAGAUGCACUUGCAAUUGCGAGUGAGGUUGUUGCUGUAGUCAAGGGCAAGCCGAAAGUUUAG